AUGUCUGAUAACGAAAGCUACCGUUCUUCUGCCCUUCAAAUGCCAAAGGCAGAUGAAUUAUUACAUGAUCAUAGACAUCAACUGUCUUUACCUCCAAAUUAUGAUUCUUCAGCAAUUUCAGAUGAUGAUGAUGAAGAUGAAGAAGAUGAAAUUGAUGAUAACGAUGCCCAACUUCAACAAUCAAAGAGAAAACCUUCUAGAAGACCUUCUAAAAGAACUCCAUCUAAUGUUAAUCCUGAUUAUGCUUCAAGACAACAACGUAACUACAUGCCAUCCUUACGUAGGGACUUUUAUCUUAAAGAUGAGGAAGAUACUUUAUCUUCUUCUUUAUCUCCAAAUAUGCCAAUUAGAAAUACUGCUACUGCUAUUGGUUCAACUGUAACUAGAAGAAAAUCCCAUUCCGUUAAUGAAACUUAUCUGGAUAUUCCUCCUCCACCAACAACUGGGAUUUUAUAUAAGAAUUCAUUAGGUCCACCUCAAACUUCCAAUAAGAAAUCAAAAGGUAAUCAUCGUAGCAAUUCAAACAAUUUUGAAAGUGAUUUAGUUAGUCCAAUGACAAAAUGUAAAACUAAUGAUAGUGACCUUUCUAAUUUUGGCGGUAAAAAAGGUAAUGGUGCUGGUGAGCGUCGUCAAUCAAGAUCUUCUAUUGAUAGUGAAGCAGAUUCUCAUGCUUCUAGAUCAUCUCAAGAAACUGAAGAAGAUGUUUGUUUCCCAUUAUUAAGAGAACAUGUUAGAAUUAAUGGUAUUGAUUUUGAUGAAAUUGAAGAAUUCAUUAAAGAUGAAACUGAAGAAAGAAAUAUGAUUAUGAAACAACAACAAUUGAUUGCUGAAAGAAAUGCUCAAAGAUUUAGUAUUGAUCAUGCAUUGGCAACUUCUGCAUCUUCCCGUCAUUCAAAUGCUGCUUUAAAAUAUACUCCUAAAAAUAUUUUGAAAAAGACUCAAACUAGAUUAUCUCAAUUUAGAACUAGGGCAACAAGUACCAAUGAUUUUCCAUCAUCAACAACAGCACCACCAACCAUUAGAGCUCCAUCUACUAUUCAUGAUUCUGCAUCUUCUUAUGAAGAAGAAUAUGAAUUAAAAGGUAUGUCACCCCACCUUCAUGAAGAUGACCAAUCGACAACCUCUUCAACUUUAGAGCAAGUCAAAUUUGGUGGUGCUCGUAUUACUGAUGGUACUAUUGGAUCCUUACCUGAUAGAUUUUCUUUUUUCCAUUCAAAUUCAGAAGAAACGGUUCAUGCCCCUGAUAUUCCAUCACUUGUUGGUCCAGGACAAUCAGUACGUGAUUUAUUUCAAAAUGGGGAAGAAACUUGGUGGUUGGAUUGUACUUGUCCCACUGAUGCCGAGAUGAAAAUGUUGGCCAAAGCAUUUGGAAUUCAUCCUUUAACUGCUGAAGAUAUUAGAAUUCAAGAACGUCGUGAAAAGGUUGAAUUAUUUAGAAAUUAUUAUUUUGUUUGUUUUCAUACAUUUGAAGGUGAUAAAGAAAGUGAAGAUUAUUUGGAAUUAAUUAAUGUAUAUAUGGUUAUUUUCCGGGAAGGGGUUUUAUCUUUCCAUUUUUCACCAAUUACUCAUCCGGCAAAUGUUAGAAGAAGAGUUAGACAAUUGAGAGAAUAUGUUGAUGUUAGUGCUGAUUGGCUUUGUUAUGCCUUGAUUGAUGAUAUUACUGAUGGGUUUGCUCCCGUGAUUACAGGAAUUGAAUAUGAAGCCGAUGCAAUUGAAGAUUCGGUUUUCCUUGGUAGAAGUGUUGAUUUUAGUAAUAUGUUGAAAAGAAUUGGUGAAUCAAGAAGAAAAGUUAUGGCAUUGAUGAGAUUAUUAACUGGUAAAGCCGAUGUUAUUAAAAUGUUUGCAAAACGUUGUCAAGAUGAAGCUAUGGAUAGUAAUUAUCAACAUCAACAACAACAACAGUUCCUUCAACAACAACAACAAUUUAAUCAACAACAACAACAAUUCAAUCAACAACAACAACACCAGCAACAUCAACAACAACAGGUUUCACCUUUAGGGUCAACUGUAAACCUUCAAUCGGAAUAUCCAAUUGGUUUCAAUCAAGGUGGGGUUGGUGGAGUCAGUUUUGGACCAGGCCCUGGUUCAAUCCCAGCUUCAACUUCAACUCCAACCGUAGGAAUUGUCCCUCCACCUACACCUAUUGCAGCAACAACAGCUACAACCCCUCAUCAUCAACAUCCAACCAAUGCCCGUCCACGUGCAGAUAUAGCAUUAUAUUUAGGAGAUAUUCAAGAUCAUGUGGUUACCAUGUUUCAAAAUUUAUUAGCUUAUGAAAAGAUUUUUUCAAGAAGUCAUUCAAAUUAUUUAGCUCAAUUACAAGUUGAAUCAUUUAAUCUGAAUAAUCGAAUUACGGAAAUGUUUUCCAAGGUGACUUUGAUUGGUACGAUGCUUGUUCCAUUGAAUCUUAUUACUGGGUUAUUUGGGAUGAAUGUACAUGUUCCUGGUGAAGGUAUUGAUACUUUAGCUUGGUUUUUUGGGAUUGUGGGGGUUUUGAUUGCCGUGAUUAUUGGGUCGUUUAUUUUUGCUCAAUGGUGGUUGGGGAAAUUGAAUAAUAAUAAUGGUGCUGAACCGGCAAUGGUUAGUUCAAGAAGAUCGAUUAAGAGUUUGGGAUUGAGAAGAAAUAGAGAUGCUGCGAAGUCGAUUCUUAGUUAUCCUAAUAAAUAUGAAUGA